AUGGCUCACAUAAUUGAUGAGCCUAUUGAAGAAGGAUUACUUCCUGGCAAUCGGCUAAGAUACUUUCACCCAACAAAACCUGGUGAGGUAUUGGAUGGCAGAUUCAAAACCAUUGCCAAGCUCGGUUUCGGCGCUGGAUCCACCGUCUGGCUGGCUGAAAAUCUCAGAUUCAUCAAAAUCGCGGCUCUUGAUACAGUUUCAUCUAGAGAGAUGACGUGUUGGAAGCUUAUCACAACCACCAACCCAUCACACGAAGGUCUCUCCUUUCUGCGGACGCCUGUUGAUCAAUUCCAACUAGAAGGACCAGAAGGGAUGCACUUAUGUCUUGUGUAUGAGCCAAUGAGAGAAACCCUUUUUCAGCUCCAACAAAGAGCGCGACGUCAAAGAUUAGCACUGCCAUUGUUCAAGUUAUUCAUCUACUGUUUACUCGAAGCUUUGGAUUACCUGCAUACCGAGUGUCACAUCAUCCAUGCAGACAUCAAGGACGACAACAUCAUGGUGACUAUUGAGAAUGAUACCAUAUUGACAGAUUUCGUCGAUUCUCAAAGCAAAGCCCCCCAGGCUAUGCAUAUUCGAGAAGAAGACGACCGCGCGAUCUAUCUUUCGAAAGAAGACUUUGGCCCUUUGCGCUGCCCAUGGUCGUAUAGCGUUGAUAUUUGGAGUCUCGGCCUCCUUAUGUGGAAUCUUCUAGAAGACGUCAGCCUUUUCGAUCGGCCUGCUGGAGAAGAUGGUGAAUACGAUGGACAUGUCCACCUUGCCCAGAUGACUUCUCUUUUAGGAGAGCCGCCUGAGGAACUGAUCAAGAGAGAGCGACUCUUUCGUGAACACCGGCUCGACAGGCCCGUCUUAAAUUCGCGUGGUGAAGAGUUCAGAAAUAUGAACGAAUUUUGGGGCGGCCCUUUUUUUGAUGACAAUGGCCAGAUUCUCCGCAAUGAUAUUGUCAAAAGAAGCAAGAAACUAGCGGAUACGGUGACAGAAUUAGCGGGCGACGAGAAAGAGAUAUUUCUCGACUUUGCUUCUGGUAUGCUCCAUUGGCUACCCGAGAAGAGGAAAACUGCCAAAGAGCUGUUACAACAUCCCUUUUUUGAUUCUUUAUACAAAGACCGCGCCCGGUAUCUCUAG